ACGGCUGUUGCUAUGACAUCCCCGUAGCUUCUGCAGACGCUUCAGAGUGAAGCAUUGUGGGAUACACACAACAGUCGUGUCGAAGAUGCUUUGAACAGCAAAGAACGAUUUAAAGUUUGAAUUAAUAAAGACCCUUAAGAUGAAGAACAUUUUCAUCCUCAGUGACAAAGCCUGGGCGGGUUCUGUCCUGCUGUACAAGUGGCAGAAAACUCUUGGAAAUUAUAUCGCUGUUGCAGGGCAGGACAACUCAGUGAAAAUAUUUGAUCGACAUGGACACAAGUGGACUGAAGUCAGCCUUCCAGGACGCUGUGUGGGAAUGGACUGGGAUAAAGAUGGGGAUAUUUUGGCAGUGAUAGCUGCAAAAUCCAGUUCCAUAUACCUCUGGGAUGCCAGUGUCAAUAAAACAUCCCAGAUAGACAGUGGCAUGAGAGAUCAGAUGUCUUUCAUCCUGUGGUCAAAGACAGGCCCGCUGUUGGCAGUGGGAACAGCCAAAGGAAACCUGUUGAUUUACAAUCAGCAGACCUCACGGAAGAUUCCUGUACUGGGUAAACAUACCAAAAAGAUCACCUGUGGGAGCUGGAGUACUCAAAAUCUAUUGGCUCUGGGAAGUGAUGACAACACUCUGAGCAUCAGCAACCAUGAGGGGGACACCGUGAGACAGACAACGCUUCGUGGUGAACCUGCUGAGAUUUUCUUUUCAGUGAUGAAGACGGAUGAAAGGUCGACUCAAGGAGAGAACACUGUCAGUCUGUCUGUGGACAAGAAGAUACUGAUGCUUUUCAACAUCAACGACCCUGAAAACCGGAUAGAGCUGACCUUCCAGCGGCACUAUGGAAACAUUGUGUCCUACCGCUGGUAUGGUGAUGGGUACAUACUGAUUGGCUUCUCCCAUGGGUAUUUUGUGGUUAUUUCCACUCACAUCAAAGAGAUUGGGCAGGAGCUGUACCAGGCUCACAACCACAAAGAUAGUCUCAACAGUGUGGCCAUUUCACCAGUAUUAAACAAGGCAGCUUCCUGUGGGGACAACAGCAUAAAGAUCCAUGAGCUGUCUGAGCUCAAAGAUAUCAGCAAUGUAGUUCGGCUGGAUGAUGAGACGAAAGGUCUGGACCAGUUAAGCUGGACAGAUGACGGCCAGCUGUUGGCAGUUUCCACACAGAAAGGGACACUUCAUGUCUUCCUGACCAAACUGCCCAUCCUGGGUGACAGCUUUGGUACACGGCUGGCCUACCUCACCUCCCUGCUGGAGGUCACUGUGUCCAACCAGGUGGAGGGGGAGAGUCCUGUGGCCAUAGAAGUGGAAGUGGAGCCUACUUUCAUUGCGAUGGGACCGUACCAUGUGGCUGUGGGAAUGAACAACAGAGCCUGGUUCUACGCCUUGGUAGACCAAGAGCCUGGUUAUAACAAGCUCAAGGACAUUGAGUAUUUGGGGACAAUAGCCAGCAUGUGCCUUAACUCAGACUACGCAGCAGCGCUGUUUGAGGGAAAAGUGCAGCUGCACAUGAUCGAAGGCAAAGAUCAGGAGGAGAAGAAGCAGAUGAAGUUGUUUCCAGACGAUGACAGAAAAGGUCGUAUCCUUUGCCACGCCCUCUCUGCUGACUUCCUCUACUACGGCACUGACUCAGGUAAUGUGGUGUGUGUGUUGGUGGAGGAUUGGGAGACUGUGAGCAACUACAGCCACUCGGUUGGUGUGAGGAAGGUGUUUCCCGACCUAAAUGGCACACGGUUGGUUUUCAUCGAUAACAAGAAUGCCGGCUUCCUGCUCUCCCCUGCCAACGCAACAGAAUCCUGCUUUGAGCUGCCCAACUUCUCUCCCACCAUCACAGGAGUGCUGUGGGACAACUGGCAUGCUGACAGAGGAGUGUUUGUGGCUUAUGACGAUGACAAGAUCUAUACCUACGCUCUGCAUAAAACCACUAUAUACGGCCCUCAGGUCGUGUUCGUGGGGAGCACCGCACUCCUCUUUUCCCAGAAGCCUUUGCUCUUGUACAAUGGGGAGCUGACUUGUCAGACAGCGAGCGGCAAGACCAGCGAAGUGCCUCUGAGCACACACUCCUUCCUCAAACUCUGCACUGGCACAGCGACAGUCUCACCACCGGAGCUCAGCAAGCAGCUCGCUCAGGCACUCAUGCUCAAGAGGUUCCAUGAAGCCUGGGAUCUAUGUAAGCUUGCAGGUAGCACCACAGACUGGGCAGAGUUAGGCAAAGCCUGUCUGGUCCACAUGGAGGUCGAGCUGGCCAUCCAGGUCUACCGCAUGAGUGGCAAUGUGGGCAUGGUCCUGUCACUGCAGGGCAUCCAGGGUAUAGAGGACAUGAAUUUACGGGCAGGACAUUUGGCCAUGUUUCUAAGUGACUACAACCUGGCCCAGGACCUCUAUUUGUCCUCGAGCUGCCCAAUUGCUGCCCUGGAGAUGAGGAGAGACUUGUUGCAUUGGGACAGUGCUCUUAUGUUAGCCAAGAGGUUAGCAGAGGACCAGAUUCCCUUUAUAUCCAAAGAAUAUGCUGUCCAUCUGGAGUUUAUUGGAGACUAUGUGAAUGCUCUGGGACACUAUGAAAAAGGCAUGACCCACAAUAAUAAAUUCCAGGAGCAUGACGAAGCGUGUCAGGCAGGCGUAGCCAGGAUGUCCAUCAGGAUGGGUGACAUCAGGAGAGGAGCCUCCCAAGCAAUUCAGCACCCAAGCAGAGUCCUAAAGAAGGAAUGUGGAGCCAUACUGGAGAGUAUGAAGCAAUUCUCCGAAGCUGCUCAGCUUUAUGAAAAAGGCCAGUACUAUGACAAGGCUGCAUCGGUCUACAUUCGUUGCAAGAACUGGGCGAAGGUGGGAGAGCUGCUCCCACAUGUGUCCUCUCCUAAGAUCCACCUGCAAUACGCCAAGGCCAAGGAGGCGGACGGCAAGUAUGAGGAAGCCGCGCGGGCCUAUGAGAGCGCCAAAGACUGGGACAAUGUGAUCCGCGUGCUGCUGGACCACCUGAACAACCCGGAGGAUGCUGUUCGCAUCGUCAGGGAGACACAGAGCAUUGAUGGAGCAAAAAUGGUUGCCAGAUUCUUCCUGAGGUUGAACGAUUACAGCUCAGCCAUCCACUUCCUGGUUCUGUCUCAGUGCAACGAUGAAGCUUUCCAGCUGGCGCAGCAGCACGGCCAGAUGGAGGUCUACGCAGACAUCAUCGGCCCUGAGGCGAGGCAGGAGGACUACCAGAGCAUUGCUCUCUACUUUGCAGGAGAGAAGAAACACCUGCAAGCUGGCAAGUUUUUCCAGAAGUGUGGGCAGUACAGCAGAGCCCUGAACCACUUCCUAAAGUGUCCUAACACCGAGGACAACCUGGCUGUCGAGAUGGCCAUAGAGACGGUGGGUCAAGCCAAGGACGUUUCUCUGACUAAUCAGCUGAUAGAUUACCUGAUGGGAGAGAGCGACGGCAUGCCCAAGGAUGCCAAGUACCUGUUCCGUCUGUAUAUGGCGCUGCAGCAGUACAGGGAAGCCGCUCGCACCGCCAUCAUCAUCGCCAGAGAAGAGCAGUGCGCGGGUAAUUACCGUAACGCCCACGAUGUGCUGUUCAGCAUGUACACAGAGCUGCAGGCCCAGAAGAUUAAAAUCCCUGCUGAGAUGGCCACCAAUCUGAUGAUCCUCCACUCAUACCUGUUGGUCAAGAUCCACGUAAAGAGGGGAGACCACUUGAAAGCGGCUCGCAUGCUCAUUCGUGUCAGCAACAAUAUCAGCAAGUUUCCCACUCAUGUUGUUCCCAUACUAACUUCAGCCGUUAUCGAAUGUCACCGUGCUGGAUUAAAGAACUCAGCCUUCAGCUUUGCCGCCAUGCUGAUGAGACCAGAGUACCGUAAUGAGAUAAACCCAACAUACAGGAAGAAGAUCGAGGCUAUGGUUCGACGUCCAGAUACAUCAGAACUGGAGGAGGAAACUACUCCAUGUCCCUUCUGUGGCUUUCAGCUACCGCAGAACGAACUGCUGUGUAUCUCCUGCAAGAACAAUCUGCCCUACUGCAUUGCCACGGGUCGUCAUAUGCUGAAAGAAGACUGGUCUUUGUGUCCACAUUGUGAAUUUCCUGCUCUCUACUCACAGCUCACUCUGUUAUUGGAGACGGAGACGGUGUGUCCCAUGUGCUCGGAGACUCUGAGUGUCAAACAGGUGAAGAAGGUCUCUGAUUGUUCUUCAUACCUGCAGGCUGAUGAACUGGAUCAGUGAAGGAAAGAAAAAUCACAUGUACAUAAAUGUCAUGUCAGUCCAGUUACAGAUUUUCUAUUUGUUUAAGUAUGUAUUGUCAGUGUGUGUGUGUAUAUAUAUAUAUAUCUAUAUCUAUAGAUAUAUGUAUAUAGAUGUAGAUAUAUAUGUAUAUAAUUUGAUGUUUUCUUUUAGUUUUGUAAGAUGUGAAAAUUAAUUACAUUAGUGAACUUUAAAGAUGCUUGAUAUGCCAUCAACCAAAAUACACUAAAUAAUAUCAAAGAAUAUAUAUUUAGUUCAAAUGUUCUGUUUCUAUUCAUUAGUUUAGUUAUUUUCUAGCUCCUGUGUGUUUUUCGAUUAACAACAUUGUAAGUGGAGUAGCUGAAGAUGCUGAACAUACAGUAAUAUUUCUGUCAAAGAAAAGUAAAACAGAAAAUCAGGAUGUGUUCAUCUCUGCAGGUUACUGUCUUGUAAAACUAUUUUAUAAUACAUUUAUUUUAUUAUU